AUGAAGGUUGUAGGCGUACUUGCACUACAAGGUGCUUUCAAAGAACACGCUGAGCUCGUCGAGGCCUGUGUGCGUGAGAAUCAAUACCCACUCACCGUUUGCGAGGUGAAAACCGCGGAACAAUUGGCGAGCUGCGACGCUUUGAUCAUCCCCGGCGGCGAAUCAACCGCGAUGUCGCUGAUCGCUCAGCGCUGUGGCCUGUUUGAACCGUUGCAGCAGUUUGUAAAAGACCCAACAAAGGCCAUUUGGGGAACGUGUGCAGGUCUCAUCUUCCUCGCCCGUGAAAUCACCAGCGAUGCCAAACUCGUGACCCCACUAGGCGUGCUGGACGUGGCCGUCCAGCGUAACGCGUUUGGCCGUCAAUCGCACUCGUUUGUUGCUCAGUGUGACUUUUCCCCCUUCAUGACCCCAAAUCCCAGCAUAUCUGCCACAGGUCCAUUCCCCACGGUCUUCAUUCGCGCACCUGUCAUUGACCGCGUUUUAAACCCAGAGUCAGUGCAGAUACUUUACGAGAUUGAUAGUCCCGCUGGCCAUAAUCUUGUUGUUGCUGUAAGACAAAACAACAUUCUCGGGACGUCGUUCCAUCCAGAAUUGGCCGAUGACAACCGAUUCCACGACUGGUUUUUGCGCGAGUUUGUGCUAUAG